CAUAUUAACCAGGUAGUCUUUCUGAAGGUAUGCAUGUUGUCCCAAAGUGUUUAAUGUUUUACUAGUUUAAAUUCAAUCGACAAACGACACGAACUGGGAAAGGACGGACGACUUCUAACAAUGUCGGAGAGAAUUUUAUCGAUGGAUCUUGGUUACAACAGCCUGGAAACUUGCGAACUUACCCUGCCCGUGGGUCAAAUUAGGGGCGUUAAGCGCCUUAGUCUCUAUGACGACCCCUACUUCAGCUUCGAAAAGAUCCCCUUUGCGAAGCCCCCGCUGGGAGAGCUGAGAUUCAGGGCUCCAGUGCCUGCGGAUCCGUGGAGCGGAGUUCUGGAUUGCUCCCACUACGCAGAGAAGCCAACCCAGAGGAGUUUGCUGACUCGCGUUAUCGAAGGCGGCGAGGAUUGUCUGUAUCUGAACGUCUAUGCCAAACAGUUGAAGAGUGACAAGCCUUUGCCGGUAAUGGUAUACAUUUUUGGCGGGGCUUUCACCAUAGGCGAGGCAACCCGUGAAUUGUACGGCCCGGACUAUUUUAUGGCCAAAGAUGUUGUUCUUGUGACGCUUAACUAUCGCGUGGAUUGUUUGGGAUUCCUCUCCCUCCAGGAUCCGAGUCUGCAAGUUCCCGGAAACGCAGGCCUUAAGGACCAAGUGCUAGCUCUUAAGUGGGUCGAGCAGUACAUUUCCAACUUCAAUGGUGAUGAUAGUAACAUAACGGUGUUUGGAGAUAGCGCCGGCGGAUGUUCCACCCACCUUAUGAUGUGUACGAAGCAGACCAGGGGACUGUUCCACAAAGCCAUUCCCAUGUCGGGAACGGUCCACAACUACUGGUCCCUCAACCCGGCCGAAGACUUUGCCUUCCGCCUGGCUCAGCAGAAUGGUUUCACUGGCGAAAAUAACGACGCCAAGGUACUGGAAUAUCUCCGCGGAGUUCCGGCUAGGGAUUUAGUGAACCAUAAUUUGAUAACACCCGAGCACCGAAGGAAUGGUCUGCUCUUCGCCUUCGGACCCACAGUGGAGGCGUAUGUGGGUGAGGAUUGCGUGGUGCCCAAGCCGCCAGUGGAGAUGGCCCGGGAUGCGUGGUCCAACGAUUUGCCCGUCAUGCUGGGUGGAACUUCCUUCGAGGGUCUGUUCAUGUAUCCAGCCGUUUCGGCCAAUCUCAAGGCAUUGGAUGAGCUAAGCAAGGAUCCACUUAGGCUGGUGCCAGUUGAUGUGCGCAGGGUUAGCAGCGAGGAAGACAAUCUGGAGUACAGUCAGCGCCUGAUCAAAGCCUACUUCGGAGAUGCACCGCCCAGCUCAGGACUGUUUAUGAAUAUGCUCGAUCUGUAUUCCUACAAAGUAUUUUGGCACGGCUUUAAUCGCACCUUGAACGCAAGACUUACCUAUGCAAAGGCACCCACAUAUUACUAUCGGUUCGACUUCGAUUCGCCGAGCUUCAACUUCUACCGGACUAAAUUCUGUGGAGAUCACAUUAAAACUGGGGUGGCCCAUGCUGAUGACCUGAGCUAUUUGUUCCGGAACGUGGGCUCUUGGAAACUGGAGAAGACAUCUGCGGAAUACCGCACCAUCGAAAGGAUGAUUGGCAUUUGGACGGCAUUCGCUGCGACCUCCAAUCCUAAUUGUCCUGAGAUUGGCCAUUUGGACUGGCGACCAUCUACAAAGGAUGAUCCCAAGCGAGUUGUUAACAUCAGCAGCGAUGUCAAUAUAAUAGAUUUGCCCGAGUAUGAAAAACUUCAAAUUUGGGAUAGCUUGUAUAAGCCUAUGUCGCAGAGAAUUUAUGCAUGCGAGUGGGAGCGUAUGAAAAUAAGCGGGAUUUUGAGGGAUGCACACCUAUCCGCUCUAGUACUCCUCAGCACCCUCGCCCUCGCCAUCACCCGAGUCCAUGCCGACCUCCUCGUAGUCCUUUUCCAAGGCAGCCAGAUCCUCGCGGGCCUCGGAGAACUCGCCCUCCUCCAUGCCCUCACCAACAUACCAGUGGACGAAGGCCCUCUUGGCGUACAUCAGGUCGAACUUGUGGUCCAGACGGGCCCAGGCCUCGGCGAUAGCAGUGGUAUUGGACAGCAUGCACACGGCACGCUGAACCUUGGCCAGAUCUCCGCCUGGAACCACAGUGGGUGGCUGGUAGUUGAUGCCCACCUUGAAGCCGGUGGGGCACCAGUCCACGAACUGAAUAGUGCGCUUCGUCUUGAUGGUGGCGAUGGCGGCGUUCACGUCCUUGGGCACAACAUCGCCGCGGUACAGCAUGCAGCAGGCCAUGUACUUGCCGUGCCGGGGAUCCACCUUGACCAUCUGGUUGGCUGGCUCAAAGCAGGCGUUGGUGAUCUCGGCCACCGACAGCUGCUCGUGGUAGGCCUUCUCGGCGGAGAUGACGGGGGCGUAGGUCACCAGCGGGAAGUGGAUGCGGGGGUAGGGAACCAGGUUAGUGUAAGUGGGUCGUUCGAUAUCCAGGUUGCGGCGACAGAUGUCGUAGAUGGCCUCGUUGUCCACCAUGAAGGCGCAGUCGGAGUGCUCCAGGGUGGUGUGCGUGGUCAGGAUGGAGUUGUAGGGCUCCACCACUGCGGUGGACACCUGCGGAGCUGGGUACACGGCGAACUCCAGCUUGGACUUCUUGCCGUAGUCCACGGAGAGACGCUCCAUCAGCAGAGAGGUGAAGCCAGAGCCAGUACCCCCACCGAACGAGUGGAAGAUGAGGAAGCCCUGCAGACCGGUGCACUGAUCGGCCAGCUUGCGAAUCCUGUCCAGAACAAGAUCCACGAUCUCCUUGCCGAUGGUGUAGUGGCCACGGGCGUAGUUGUUGGCCGCAUCCUCCUUGCCGGUGAUCAGUUGCUCGGGGUGGAACAGCUGACGGUAGGUUCCGGUACGGACCUCAUCGACCACAGUGGGCUCCAGAUCCACGAACACGGCGCGGGGCACGUGCUUGCCAGCUCCAGUCUCGCUGAAGAAGGUGUUGAACGAGUCAUCACCUCCGCCCACGGUCUUGUCAGAGGGCAUCUGGCCAUCGGGCUGGAUGCCGUGCUCCAGGCAGUAGAGCUCCCAGCAGGCGUUUCCAAUCUGGACACCAGCCUGGCCCACGUGGAUAGAGAUACAUUCCCGCAUAUUGAUUUCAAAUGGGGUUUCCGAUUCCGGGUUUCUUGUUUCGAGUUUCGGUUUCUCACACGCGACUACGGAAAAUCAACGGAAAAUGUGUUAAGCCUACGAUUUUGCUGUCUGACUCUGCGGGCGUAUACGUUGGAAUGCCCGAGAAUGGAUUUUCAACAGACUCCACAACCAGCAUCCGAAAGUGACUCUCAGAAAUUCGAAAAUAUGAAUUCCGAUACUCCGUUGAAGGCUGAGGACUCCAGCCAGAUGUUUAUGGAUCUGAAGAACCUGUUGUUGUGGCGCAAUUGCCGAAAGACUUUGAUUGUCUUUACGGGCAUCCUGCUUUUCCUGCUGGAUGUUAUGGUACAUUCGGUGAUCAGUGUAGUAAGCAUGACAGGGAUCACAGUUCUCCUGGCAGCUAUUGGCUAUCGCCUUCUGGUGCAGUUCUGGAGGAUCUGGAAAAAGGAUGGGAACAAAGAUCAGAUCUCACGUUGCUAUCCUCACGUGAAGAUUGAAAUUCCCCGGGAGGAGACUCUUCAGCUGGCCGGAAAAGCAGUUGUCCAUCUAAAUUCAAUUUUAAACCGUUUGAUUGAACUGUUGCUAGUGGAAAAGUGGGAGGAUUCCUUAAAGUUCCUUGUUUUGCUCUGCGGCUUCAAUUUGCUCGGAGAUUGUUUGAACGGAUUGUCUUUGCUUCUAUUUGGACACGUGUUUAUUUUUACCCUACCAAAACUGUACGAUUCGUAUAAGCUACAUGUUGAUGUCCAGAUCCGGAAAUUCCGUGUAUGCAAGAAGGAUAAAUCGAACGUAGUCGAAGCUAAGGAUGAAAAAACGGAUUGCAUUCAAAAAGAAUAUACGCCGGAGUCACUAUACAAGGGUCAGGAAUCCAAUGAGGGCAAAAUGCUGUAUGAGUUGGCCAUCCUUAUUACCUCAUUACCUAACUUCUCCGAUUUAUUCAGGGUCUCGGGAACACAUUUAGCUUGGAUCAAGUCUACCUUCUCUUUCGGGUCAAAAAUAGCAUUUGACUAUGACAUGUGGAAACUCUGUCAGCCGAGAAUUCGAAGUCGGAUCAAAUUUUUCAGACUCCUAAUCCCGCGUUGUGGUCCCGGCUUAAAGAGGUUUUCAUGCCCAUCAGCAGGUGAUGCGGACUCCAAGGUCGUCAAUCUUUCAGUAGGGAGUGUGAAGGGUCGUCGGCUGAGCGGCAUCUAUGGCGACGAGUACUACAGCUUCGAGGGGAUUCCCUAUGCCCAGCCGCCGCUGGGGAAAACCCGGUUUAGGGCCUCCCAUUCGGCAGAUCCGUGGAAUUCAGAGCUCGAUGCUCGGCAGGAGGGACCUAUUCCUCUGCAGAUGGACCGACGGACGGGCAAGGUCGUCGGCAGCGAGGAUUGCCUGUACUUAAACGUAUACACCAAGCAUUUCAAUGAAUCGGAGCCACCUUUGCCCGUUAUGGUGUAUAUCUACGGUGGUGCAUUCCGCACGGGCGGAGCAGUAAGGAGCAAAUACGGACCGGAUUAUUUGAUGAGCAAGGAUGUUGUGUACGUGCUAUUCAACUAUCGCCUCUGCGCCCUGGGAUUCCUUAGUAUGCCCAGUUGCGAGUUGGACGUGCCGGGCAAUGCGGGUCUCCAUGAUCAGCUACUGGCACUUCAGUGGGUUAGCCAGCACAUACGGAACUUCAACGGAGACCCACAGAACAUCACGCUCUUUGGCGAGAGUGCUGGGGCGGCCUCGGUGCACUUCAUGAUGUGUCUGCCGCAGGCGAAGGGGCUCUUCCACAAGGCCAUCAUGAUGUCCGGAUCGAUGCUGAGUCCCUGGGUGAAUGCUCCCGAUAGAGAUAGUAUAUUCUGCCGCCUGGCCACCUCCGCAGGAUACCAAGGACCCGCGGAAGAGGUCUCCAUAUUGGAGUUUCUGCGCCACGUGAAUGCCGAAAAACUCAUAGGCCACGAAUUCAUCUCACCCCGUGACCGUUGCUUUGGGUUUCUCAACCCAUUUGUUCCAGUGGUUGGAGGCCUGGUUCGAGCCCCAUUUCAGCAGCUGAUGAAGGAGGCGUGGUCCUGCGAGGUGCCCCUGCUCCUGGGCGGCACUUCCUUCGAGGGACUGGUGUACUACCCUUUUUGUCAGCUCGAUAAUGGCUAUAUGCUGGAGCUGCUGAAGCAUGAACCGGCGAUGGUAUUGCCUCACGAGCUGUACCAAUCGAUGAGCGUGGAGCAGCGGAACACAGCGGCCGAAGCUCUUGUGAAGUACCACUAUGGACCGCGCGGUAUCACCAAGAAUAACGUCACCCAGAUUCUAGACCUCUUCAGCUACAAGUUGUUCUGGCACGGCAUACAUAGGGUGGUGCUCUCCAGAUUAUCCCACGCACAAGCAGCUACCUAUCUGUACCGGUUCGACUUCGAUUCGCCCAAGCUGAAUCUGAUGAGAAACCAGCUCUGCGGUGAUGACAUCAAGCGCGGUGUCUGCCAUGCGGAUGACUUGGGCUACAUUUUCCACAAACAGGCCCAAGCGAGGCAACCGCUGGACUCCCCGGAGUUCCAGACCAUCCAGCGUAUGGUGGGCAUACUGACCACGUUCGCCAGGACUGGCGAUCCCAAUUGCCCGGAGACGGGGCCGGAUCAGUGGUUACCCGUCUCCGCGAAGUCUCCCUUCAAGGCGUUGAAUAUUGGACAGCAGGUGGAGUGUGUAACGCAGGUCGAAAAGGAUGGUCUGGAGGUGUGGAAUGGGCUAUACAGUGACAUGAAUUACACCGCACUUGAAAUACUUUUUCGGUUCGGAGCUGGCGCGAUACAGUACGCAGCUCGCGCCUAUAAGUAUCUACAAAUAAACGAGUAUAUAAACGAGUAUAGCAAAGCGAUCGCAUCGUGUGUGUGCUCUAGUCCAUCCGAUAUGAAUAAGAACCUCGGCUUUGUGGAGCGCCUGCGGUGGCGCCUCAAAACCAUCGAGCAUAAAGUCCAGCAGUAUCUCCUGUCCACCAAUGAAACAGUAGUCGCCGACACGGAGUACGGCCAAGUGCGGGGUGUCAAACGUCUAUCACUCUACGAUGUGCCCUACUUCAGUUUCGAAGGUAUCCCCUACGCCCAGCCGCCGGUGGGGGAGUUGCGGUUCAAGGCCCCGCAAAGGCCCAUUCCCUGGGAGGGAGUGCGGGACUGCAGCCAGCCCAAGGAUAAGGCCGUCCAGGUGCACUUCGUCUUCGACAAGGUAGAGGGCUCCGAGGACUGCCUCUAUCUAAAUGUGUACACCAACAAUGUGAAGCCGGAUAAGCCCCGCCCGGUUAUGGUUUGGAUUCACGGAGGAGCCUUCAUUAUCGGCGAGGCCAGUCGGGAAUGGUACGGCCCGGACUACUUUAUGAAAGAAGAUGUCGUCCUCGUCACCAUACAAUACCGACUUGGUGCUUUGGGAUUCAUGACUCUAAAGUCCGCCGAGCUAAAUGUACCUGGAAAUGCUGGCCUCAAGGACCAGGUGUUGGCCCUCAAGUGGAUCAAGAACAACUGCGCCAGUUUCGGCGGAGAUCCCAACUGCAUCACAGUUUUUGGAGAGAGUGCAGGAGCUGCAUCCACCCACUACAUGAUGAUAACCGAACAGACCCAGGGGCUCUUUCAUCGGGGUAUCUUGCAGUCGGGCAGUGCCAUUUGUCCUUGGGCCUACAACGGCGACAACACCCACAAUGCCUACAGGAUAGCCAAGCUGGUUGGCUACAAGGGCGAGGACAACGACAAGGAUGUGCUGCAGUUUUUGCAGCACGUGAAGGCCAAAGACCUUAUACGAGUGGAGGAACAUGUCCUGACAUUGGAGGACCACAUGAACAAGAUAUUGUUUGCCUUUGGACCAUCCCUGGAACCAUUCUCCACGCCCGAGUGCGUGAUACCCAAGCCGCCAAAGGACAUGAUGAAGACCGCCUGGAGUAAUUCCAUCCCCAUGUUUAUAGGAAACACUUCGUACGAGGGCCUGCUGUGGGUCCCAGAGGUCAAGCUAAUGCCGCAAGUGGUGCAGCAGGUUGAUGUCCCUACCCCUUUCAUUCCCAAAGAAUUGCUAGCCACAAAGCCCAGUAAGGAAAAGCUGGAUUCGUGGAGUGUAAAGAUUCGAGAUGUUCAUCGCACCGGAACAGAAGGCACUGCAGAUAAUUACAUGGAUCUCUGUUCGAUUAACUACUUCGUAUUUCCUGCCCUGAGGGUGGUCCAUUCCCGUCACGCUUACGCGGCUGGAGCUCCAGUAUAUUUCUACCGAUUUGAUUUCGACUCCGAGGAGCUAAUCUUUCCCUACCGCAUUAUGCGAAUGGGACGCGGUGUCAAGGGGGUGAGCCAUGCCGACGACUUGACCUACCUAUUCAGCAGCCUGCUGGCUCGUCGGUUGCCCAAGGAAAGUCGGGAGUACAGGAACAUCGAGCGAACUGUGGGCAUCUGGACCCAGUUUGCUGCCACGGGUAAUCCUUACAGCGAGAAGAUCAACGGGAUGGACACGCUGACACUUGAUCCAGUUCGAAAGUCCGACGAGGUCAUCAAGUGCCUUAACAUCAGUGAUGACCUGAAGUUCGUAGAUCUGCCUGAGUGGUCCAAGUGUAAGGUCUGGGAGAGUCUUUUUGAUGAUAACAAAGAUUUAUUGUUCUAAAUGGAAACCAAUAAGAAACCUCUGAUACGAAAGGGUUAAACAAAAAAACAACAAACACA